CGCGACCGUGGCCGCGGCGCGGGCCGUCCGCUGGCGCCGCUGGCGCUGCCAUUUCUUCGGCGCCGUCGGGGCCGGCAGCGGCUCGUCCAAGUUUGGUAUUUCCAACUGGUAGGCUGGCGCUUGUGCGUUCCGGCGGCGCACCGGUGCUGGUGUCGCUACUGGUGUCGCAGGUGGUGGUGGCGUGGCCGACCGCGCGCCGGCGUCGUAGGCGGCCAGGCGGCGCCCGAGCUCCUCGACGAGCAAGGCUGUCUUCUGGUUGGCCUUGAUGCCGCGCAGCUUCGCGAGGCGCUGCAGCUCGCGCCGCUCCUGGUGGUCGACCGCGGCGCGGAUGGCGUCGACCGUCGCUUCGUCCAGGUCUCUUAGGUCGUCGUCUACUGCAUCUCGCGCCAUGUUGGCUCUGUGUGAGGCUGCUACGGCUGCCGCGGCUGCAGAUGGCUUGGUGAGGUGCAAGACUUGCAAAAGAAAUUAGCAGCAACUCGGGGGGCUAGCGCAGCUACUUGAUUUUGCAAGCGGUGUGCUUCCAAGCGCUAUCAGCGAGGCAAACGCUGCGCUUUUUUUUGUAUGCCCAUCGCGGUACUAGAGGGCUUACGCUAG